AUGUUACCAAACAAUCCAAUAAUAAUUAAUGUCGUAAAUAGAAUUGUUGAUAAAAUUGGAGGAAAGAAAAGUUUUAUUAGUGCUCAUGCAAGGUUAGGAGAUGGCUAUUAUGCCAAGAAUCAAGACAAAAUAGUACAAGAACACAUCAAAAGAAUUCAAGAAGAUUUUAAAGAUAACAACAUCGGAAAUAACAAAAAUUAUUUACUACCCGUAAUAUUUUUGGCAACAGAUGUAAAUCGUAAUGACACUUCCCUCAAGCCUUUCUUUCAAGCUUUUCCACGUGUAUAUAUGUUAGAUGACUUUGCUGAUUUAUUGGAACCUUUGAAAUUUUUAAAAAAUCCCAAUGAUGGCAUGAUUAUGUAUGAAUAUUUAACACCCUUAGUAGAUUUGUUGGUAAUAUCAAGGGCGGGCGCAGGUAUUGGGGCUGGCAUAGCAGGCGGGCUUGGUGUUGAU